AUGUUGUGUUGGUUUGCACGGGUGCUAGGCUGGCACCAUAGCCUGCAGCGGGGAAGCGCUUGCAGAAGGCCCGGGGUCUUGAGCCUUACCGGCACAAGAGAGAGGGUGAGUCUCGUGAGACAUAUCGGCGGGGAAGACGCCACAACUCCAGCCAUGGAACAAGUUAUUAAGGUAUUGCUUUCGUUUUGCAAAGUUUAUUGCGGGAAGAAUUCUCCUUCUGAGAAGGAAAUUGCUGCGGUGCUUUCUCGUUUAGAACGAGAGGGCACGAUAAAGACCCCACGUGAUAUACUUAAUUAUCAAAAGUGGGAUGCCUUUACCAUGGCUCUUGCUCAAAGAGCCAUGUCGGUUAGGAAGUCUGCUGAGUUAAAGACCUGGGGAUUAAUCCUCGGUGCUUUAAAAGCUGCCAGAGAGGAAAAGCAGUUUUCCGAUACCGUGCGUGUGCUCCUCGGUCUUGGGCAGGAUCCAGGAAAUUCCUUUGGGGAUUCCUUGGAUCCGGGAGGCCCUAGCAGGCUGGGAGAAAGUGUUUUUUGCAGGAAUCCAGAGGACGGUUUGUCGGUACAAGAGGCGCCGCCGCUGCCGUUCAUCGAUUCCUGUGAUGCGGCUCGGGUCGAGCAGUCGCCGGCCCCGGCCCCGGCGCCGCCGCCGUCGCUGCCGCCGCAGCCAGCCUCGGCCCCGGUGUUGCCACCGGUGACGGCUUCGGCUCAGCCGCUGGCUCCAGUCCCGGCGCAGCUGCUGGCCACGGACCUGCUGCAGGCGCCGGUUCCAGCUUUGUCACAGGUUCGGGCUCCGUUCCUGGCCCCAAGGAGAGCAGAUCCCCCCCACAGCGCCGCGGCCAAGAUGGCGCCAGCCACGCCGCUCGCUUCGGCUUCGGGCGCCACCCACCAGAUGCCAAUCACCGCUGAGGAAUGCGAAGGGAGCGUGUUGCAACACCCACCGUCGUCUUCUCCAAUCAUCGCGCGAGAGACUCUCGAGACUCCUCCUCUGUAUCCGCCUCCCUAUCCGCGUCAAUCAUUGUAUCCUUCAUUGGAUGAUGUUUCAGGGGCGGAGAUCAGAGAAGGUUGUGUCCACCCCCCAAGGGGCGGUCCGUCCGCGCCCCUUGGUCCGCCCGAAGGAGGGGUUACAUUGGAAAAGCCAAUGAUGCAAGGGGGCGGGAUCGAUGGGCGUGCACGGAUCGAGGGGGGAGGAGAGAGUGGGCGUAUUCAAGGCGGGUCCAGUGGGCGUGUUCGGAUUGCUGAUUGGGCCAAGAUAGCAGAAACAUUAGAUGAGAAGGGCCUAUCAGAGGUGGUUCAUGCGUUUCCGGUUGCAAUGCAAGAUGACGGGGAAGCGAGAUGGGUUCCGCUGGAUGCGAAAGGAGUGGCGCGGUACGUGGAUGCUGUGGAGAAGAAGGGGCUAAGAUCGCCUCUUACUUUAAAUGCCCUGGAAUCUCUAACAGCACCGGGACCGUUGCUCCCACAUGAUAUUGAAAAUCUUAUGCGCAUGAUUCUUGAGCCAGUGCAAUACACCCUCUGGAAGGAGGAGUGGAGCACUCAGCUCAAGAUGGUGCUGGCAGCAGCGGAAAAUGAUCUGCUUCACCCUGCAUUUGGUAGUAAUUUACACAGGCUCAUGGGUACCACUCCAGGAAUGUGCGGAACUCCCCACGGUCAGCUUGCAUUGCUGCAACCGGGUGAAGUGCUAGUAACUUCUGAAGCAGCUCUUGCUGCGUUCAGGAAGUUUGCUCACACUGCAGCCCCUGCGAGCCCAUGGACAGAGAUAGAGCAGGGCCCAAAUGAAUCGUUUCAGGACUUUGCUAACAGACUGAUGAGAGCCGUGGAAGGCUCGGACCUGCCUAGGGCGGUGCAUAAUCCAGUGAUUGUGGACUGCCUUAAGCAGAAGUCUGCACCUCUGACGAAUGAAGGGCUUGCAGCUUCGACUGAGCAGGACCUACAAGCGCUUGAGACACGAGUGAUUGCUACCCUUACUACCACAGGGUUUAGGGUUUCAGAGCAGAAGAUUCAGAGAGGCCCAGGAGUAGAAUACUUAGGAUACAAGUAUGGGCCUGAUUUGGUCCGACCUGCAGGCCUUAACAUACAGUUGAAGGUCAGCACUUUAUGGGAUGUUCAGAAUUUAGUAGGGGCUAUCCAAUGGGUUCGGGGUGCCUUGGGUAUCCCUCCACGACUAAUGAAGCCCUUCUAUGAUCAGUUGAAGGGAUCGAACCCUAAGGAGCCUAGAGAAUUUACUCCAGAAAUGGCUGCAGCUUGGGAAGAAAUUAUGUGCACCUGUCUAGACAGUUCGCUCUCACGAUUUGACUCGGCUCGGAAUUUAGAGCUGGCUGUCUGUCGUUGUGAAGCAGGAGCUGCUGCAGUUUUGGGUCAUUCCCUUAGUGCAAAGCCACAACCAUUGUGGUGGCUGUUUUCCACUCAGCUCACUCGUGCCUAUACUUCUUGGUUAGAGAUUCUUGCGAUGCUUCUUAGGAAGUCUCGCUUGCUUUCCCUGAGGGCUCUGGCGAAAGAGCCAGAAGUAAUAUACUUGCAGAAGGCCUUUCGUGAUGCCUCGCCACUCCCUGAGACCCUUCUUGCAGGAUUGCAAGGUUGGGGAGGGGAAAUAGUAUAUUCAGACUCGCUCUCCAUUUUUGAAUUGGCUAGACCUCUCAAGGUUUCUCUUCGGUCUCGUGUUCUAACUUCUCCGAUAGAGGGGCCUACGCUGUUUACAGAUGCAUCUUCAGCCACCUGCCAAGGGGCAGUGGUUUGGCAGGAUAUAAGCAAUGCUUGGAAAUCUGCAGUUUUUAUGGAUCAGACAGUUAGUGUGCAGAUGCUUGAGGUGAGGGCGGUCGCAUUAGCGAUGCGUCUCUUUCAUGAUACCUCUUGUAACAUUGUUACCGAUUCAGCUUUUGCAGCUAGGCUGCUGGUCCGUAUGGGACAGGAAGGGCAGCCGAGUUCGGAAGCAGCAGGUUUCUUAGAGGAAGCCUUGGCUUGUCGUGAGGCUGCUGUAGCAGUUCUGCAUGUUCGAAGUCAUUCGGAUGUGCCAGGCUUUUUUACCACCGGGAAUGCUAUGGCAGACAAAGUAGCUAGCACGCUUGUUUUUACAGUCUCUUCAUCCACUCUUCAUGUAGGAGCUCGUGAUCUGGCUAGAGCAUGCUCUAUCCCUUUGUCAGUAGCUAGGGAUGUGGUUCACACAUGCCCUCAUUGUAAUUCAGCACCUACAAUAAGUGCGGGGGUUAAUCCUCGUGGUCUCAAACCUUUACAGGUUUGGCAGACAGAUUUCACUUGGGAACAGCGUUUUUCUCCUCGGGCUUGGCUUGCAGUUACGAUAGAUACUUCCUCCUCUGUUAUUGUGGCCACACAGCAUGCGAAGUCCAAUUCAAAAGCAGCGCAAUGUCAUUGGGCAGCUGCUAUUGCAGUUAUGGACCUGCCUAGCCAAAUUAAAACGGACAAGGGUUCUUGCUUCACAUCGCAAUCAACACAAGAUUGGCUAGCCUUGUGGGGAAUUGCUCAUACAACAGGUAUCCCUGGUAACUCUCAAGGACAAGCCAUAGUGGAACGUGCUAAUAGCCUCCUUAAGGAAAAGAUACGUGUCCUUGGGGAGGGGGAAGGAUAUAUGGGGAAUAUCCCUGUCAGCAGACAGGCCGAGAUACUAGCAAAGGCUCUUUAUGCGCUCAAUCACUUCAAGCGUGGUGACAACAGGAGAACGCCUGUGCAAAAGCAUUGGCAGCCUAAGGUCUUAAGUGAAGGACCUUCGUUUAAAGUGAAACGGGAUGAUGGCGCAUGGGAGCCAGGCUGGAUGAUCUUGGUUUGGGGCAGAGGAUAUGCAGCAGUUAAACACAGAGACUCUGGGAAAAUUAUUUGGGUGCCAUCACGAAAGGUAAAGCCGGAUGUCAGUGAGACAUCUGACAGCAAAUAUGUGGAAAACGAAGGGAUUAAUCAGGAU